CCCUCCUCCUCCUCUUAUAUAUUUUACCAUCUUCCCCUCCUCUUUUUACCUCCUUCUCCCUUCUCCCUUCUCCUUCCAUUAGUCCUACUCCACCACAUCACAAACCCUAGAAAUCUAAACCCUAAACCUCAAAAAGAGAUAGAGAGAGGGACUGAUGGAGCUUUUCCCAGAUUUAUCUCUCCAAAUUAGUCCACCAAACACGGCCUCUCGAGCUUCAACUCGGAGGAACCCUAAGCUCGGAGACGAGAGCUCUGAGCUAGAGUUUUGGAGGAGGCCUCUAGAUUGUUCCUCAACCGCCAUCGCCACCGCCACCGACAACCAUGAUGCAACCAUGAGCAGUAAUUGCAAUCGUCUUGAUCUCCACCUCCACCCCUAUUCUUCUCACCCCUUCCAUCGCCACCACCAUCAUCAUCGCCAAGGAAGCAGAGGAGGUUAUAAUGAUAGCAUUGGUGAUAUAAUUAGUAAGCCGAUAAGAGGGAUUCCGAUCUACCACAACCCUCCGCCUCCCUUCUCUCUCCUACCGCUCCGACGCCGACCGUCGUGCGAUUCUUCUCCUCCCUCCAUCGCAUUCCCCUUCGCGGCUCCGCAAUUAGGGUUCCUCCCGAGAUCGUCGCCCGCCAGAAUGCUCUCUGCGAUCCCCAGGCGGAGCCUCAGGGCGCCGAGGAUGCGGUGGACGACGACGCUCCACGCCCGGUUCGUGCACGCCGUCGAAUUGCUCGGAGGCCACGAGAGAGCCACUCCCAAGGCAGUACUGGAGCUCAUGGAUGUCAAGGAUCUCACCUUGGCUCAUGUCAAAUCUCAUUUGCAGAUGUACAGGACAGUGAAGAGCACUGAUAAACCAGCAGUUUCUUCAGGGCACUCUGAUGGAUUUGAGAACGGGUCAAAUGGAGAAAUAUGUGAUGAUGAUUUGCCUGAAAUUAAUCCAAAUCCACAGAGAUUAGGAUUACAUCAUGGAGUCACUCAUAAUGGCUUAUGGAGCAAUAAUUCCUCAAGUAAUGGAGGCUCCUCCACUGGCAUACCUUGUGAAUCCCUCACAAAGAGUCUGAAGUCAUUAAAGGACACACAAUCGAAAAGCUUGGAAAUGUGCUCAGAAUUAAACUCAUCGUGUGUGUCGGAGACAUGGAGCUCGAGUCAACCAAAUCUUGAGUUCUCUUUGGGGAGGGGGCAAUGACCUACUUAAAAAGUGUAAAAGUAGUCCUGUUCAUUGUCAAAUAAAGAGUUCAAAGAGAAAGAGAGACAAGGAGACAACUGAGCCACAAGACAAAGAGGAGAAAAAAAAAGAGAGAGAGAUUGAUUGUCCUUGUACUCUUCUAAAUUUUAAACCACUAUAUUUAAUCAUUACUAGUCCAUAUUUAUGUUAUAUGUGUAUGUGAGAAAAAAAAAAGGUAAAAACUAAGGUUGGUUCAAUGUUUUCA